UUCAGGUUGUAUAAAAUAAACAUUAGUACAAAGAUUAUAUACACGCAUAAAUAUAAUCGAAUUUUCAAAUUCAUUUGAAAUUAUGGAGCCAAGUACUUAUUGUGGAGCAUCUGACGAUCAUGUUCAUUAUGAUAAUUAUGAACUUAUUGCUGGAAAAGCAAUUAAAUUGUUCGAAGUUGACGGUAUCGAUGAAAAUACCCUUUGGAUUGAUAUGAAGAAUUGUUCAGGAUCAAUGGAUGAAAUAACAUUCUCAUUACUUCCGAACUUACAAUUGAUUAGCAUGGACAAGUGUGAUAUAAAAAGCUGUUCAAAAGCAUUCUCUCAAAAUGAGAAAUUAGAAACAUUGCAUAUCAAUAAAAGUAAAUUUCCAUUUGAGGCCAUAACAUUUGAAGGCAAUAGAGGAAUAACAACAUUGCACAUACAAGAUAUUAAAUCGCCUUUAAUUGCAUGCUUUCAACAUUUAAACAAAUUGGAACAUCUUUCUUUGGAAGGGUGCAAUCUAGAAACUAUAAAUAAAGAAUUUUUAACUGGAUUAGAUUCAUUGAAAGGUCUUUCUAUUUCAAAAUGUCACAUAAAAACAAUUGAAACUGACACUUUUCGAGACUUAUUGGAGUUAGAGGGACUUGAUAUAAGAGAUUGUGAAAUAUCGGAGAUAACUUCUGAUGUUUUCAACAAUUUGCCCAAAUUAAAGUUUUUAUCAUUCCAUCACAACAAAAUUGACUCUGAAAUAAACUUGAAUAAUCUCAAUCAAUUGGAAUCUCUGCAAACAAUUCACUUUGAUAUUAACAUCUAUAGAUCCUUGCUUUAUGAUAAUUUUCCCAAUUUGAAGAAUGUUAAAAUUGGAUAUGAUGAUGAAGAAAAUAUUGAGGAUGAAGACAUAAUAGAAAUGUUGAAAUCCAAAAAUAUUAGCACUGAAUAUGUAUUUUGUGGUAGUAUUGACUAUAAUAGUGAUGAAAUGGAAGAAUGUUACUAAAUGGUAACAUCGAAAUCAAUGCUACGAAAUUAAACCUAAAAGAAUGCCAUUUAUAGUAAUUUAAGAGUACAAUAGGUUUGCUAAUAAGUGAACCUGUAUAAACAAUAGGGAACAUGCAUGUAUUCUCUUUAUAUUUUUAAUUCACUCUUUAGAUAGGUAUAACUCAAUAAAAAAUAUAUAUUCUAUUGGAAAAUCCCAACUCUACAGUUAUUUUGGUAGCAGCUGCAUGAGGCAACUGUAGUUUUUUUAUUAUGAAUAGUUGGCAUUGCUGCUAAUGACAUUUAAGUGCUGUCAUCUUGACUUUCAUUUUUACUUCAUGUAUUCCCAUUGAUUUUUAAUUUGAAUUUAUAUUUUCAAGAAAUUAAAAACUGAACUUAAAAAGUUUGUUCAGAUUAGAACAUGAAAAUCACUUCAUCAAAAAAAUCCAAAUAAUAUUUAAAAUGUCGGUUAAAUUUGACUUGUACUAAAAGCCACUAAUAUUCGCGGGCUUUGGAUGAUAUCCUGUCCUGUAUUCACGAAAAUUACGAUGUGGGCGACAUCUGUUAAUUUUCUUUCAAAUUUCAAUAGAGGUGAACAACAAAGCCAGAAUACAAACUAAUUUUGUUGAUUUACAAAUAGAAACUGUUAUUUGACAUUUUAGUCGAAAUAGUAAAAUAAUAUACUUGUUUAAAGUGCUCUUCUGAGAUAAAAACAAACACACAUCCAAAAAGGUUAGAUGUAUAUGAAAAAAAUCAGGUCAUUGAUGGGUCAUACAGUAUUCCAAAUAUGUGGCACUAAACUUGUUCCAAUAAUGAUGCAAAACAUAUGCAUGUUUUAAAAAUCAUCUACUCCAAAAGAAUGGGAGUAUUGGGCCCAAAUUAUAGAGAAGUGUUCAAGAAGGUUGAAAAAUCAUCCACGUCAAAAUAAUAAGAACAUUGAGCUGGAAUUCUUUUUUCAGUGUACAUUCCAUAGAAAAUUAUUUAUAAAAACUAAUUUAAAUCGAUUUUUGAGAUGGAUUGUCGUCGUCUCUAAAACUCUGGCAUUUCAACAAUUUUGCCGCCCUAGGCCUGGUCCCCAAGGGCCUAGACGUAAAUUCAUUACUGAAUAUAACUAAACAUUUUUGGUACCUAUAGUCUUUGAACUAUCUUUUUCUGAAUAUAUGAAUAAAUAACUUUAUCAAAAAAAUAUUUUUCUCAAA